AUGGGUUCCCUUGCCAUGAGAGAACGGAGAGAGACGGCUUCCAUUUUACCUACUGAUUCCCCUAAAUCCUGUGCAUUGAUUAAAACUGGGAAAAACUGUCAUUCUCAUGCAACUGUAGUGAACUUAAAAGAACAGGGGAACAAAAAGAAUGGAUUGAUUGAAUGA